UCCGGGAACAUGGCCGGCUAAACAAUGACAAAAGUCUCUCUCCUCAAAAUCAAGAAGAAACUUUUCGAAAUGCGAACUACUUGGCUUAACAAAAGUGUUUGGAUUCAGUGCGUGCAAUUAGAUAGUUUAAUUGGUUUACUUCUGCAUGCAUGUUGUUUAAGGUGAUGUUUGAGUCGGACUAACUUGGCUAUCUUGCCAGCGAAGGUAGCCAACUUUUUACAUUCAGCAGAAUUAGCCUAACGUUAGCUAGCAAAUGCGAAGUGGCUUACAUGUCAACAUAGCUAGGAACAUAAGUAUUGCUAUUGGCUGCUACACUUGAAGCCCGCAACUGAUUUAUUAAGUUCCACGAUCGACACGUUGUAGUGCUGGCUUGUGUAACGUAAAUGCGUUUGUAAUUUUUUAUCGGGGUGUCUCGCUGGUUGAUUUCUAUGUUUUCGCAGCUGCGUACUGCUGUCUAGCUAGGUUGAUUGACAUUAAUUUCAAUGGCCCACUGUAGUUCAGAUCCAAGUGGGAAGGUACCCCGUACAGAUAGCUUAGUGUUGAUGGCAGGAUUCCUGGAAGCGUUGAUCAGGCUAUGAAGCCGGUGUUGUUUGAAAUAUUUGGAGAGUUUUGGAACGUCCAGACCCGGCUAGGGCAAGGCGUCUCGGCCUCAGUAUACCGUGUGAGCUCGGGGAGGGCGAGUACGGCCGCGGUUAAGGAGUUCCAGGCUGACACUCAGAGUGGAGAUUACGGGUAUGAAAAGGAGAAGUCCGUGCUGGAAGACAUACAAGGACACAAAAACAUCGUAACGCUGUACGGGGUGUUCACCAACCGCAGCCAGGUGGGUGUGGCCACGCACUGCCUGCUGCUGGAGCUGCUGGACGUCAGUGUGUCUGAGCUGCUUGUGAGGGCCAGUACCCAAAGCCGAGCCUGCAGCCCCCAGUGUGGUGGUUCCCAGAAGCGGGGCCACUCCAUGUGGCUGGUGCAGCACUGUGCCAGGGACGUCCUGGAGGCCCUUGCCUUCCUCCAUAGAGAGGGCUAUGUUCAUGCCGACCUCAAGCCCCGCAAUGUGCUCUGGAGCGCGGACGAUGAGUGCUUCAAACUCAUCGACUUUGGCCUCAGCUUCAAAGAGGGCAACCAGGAUGUGAAAUACAUCCAGACAGAUGGGUACCGUGCCCCGGAGGCUGAGCAUCAAUACUCCCUGGCCCAGGCGGGGAUGGAGAUGGAUGGUGACUCUGGCUGCUCGGCCGCUGUGGACCUCUGGAGCUUGGCAAUCGUCCUGUUGGAGAUGUACUCAGGCAUCAAACUCAAAGACACUGUCAGGACACCCGAGUGGAAGGACAACAGUGCAGCAAUAGUCGACCAGAUCUUUGCCAGUAACAGUGUGGUGGUUCCUGCCAUCCCUGUCUAUCACCUCAGAGACCUUAUCAAAAGUAUGCUUCACAACAACCCCAAGCACAGAGGCACAGCUGAGAAGGCCCUGCUUAGCCCCUUCUUCAGCAUUCCUUUUGCUCCUCACAUAGAAGACUUGGUUCUGCUUCCCUCUCCUGUUCUGCGCCUGCUCAACCUGAUUGAUGACGGCCACCUGCACAAUGAGGAGGAGUAUGAAGACAUCUUGGAGGACAUGACUGAGGAGUGUCAGAAGUAUGGCUCUGUGGUCUCUUUGCUCAUCCCCAAGGAGAACCCAGGCAAAGGACAGGUGUUUGUAGAAUACGCUAACGCAGGCGACUCCAAAGAGGCCCAGAGACUGCUGACGGGGCGGACCUUUGACGGGAAGUUUGUCGUUGCCACGUUCUACCCCCGGAGUGCUUACAAGAGAGGCUAUCUGUACCAGACCGUGCAGUGAACACACACACACACACACACACACACACACACACACACACACACACACACACACACACACACACACA